AUGUCGAAGACCUUUAUCGGCAACGUCAAGAGUGUCUUGAGCGGCGACACCUUGAUCCUGACCAGCCCCAACAACCCCACGGCCGAACGCACGUUCUCCCUGGCAUAUGUUUCGGCCCCUCACCUGAAGCGAGAGGGGGAUGAGCCUUUUGCUUUCCAAUCCCGCGAAUAUCUUCGAAAUCUCGUUGUUGGCAAGCCUGUCCAAUGCACAGUUCUCUACACCAUUCCUACGACCGGUCGCGAGUUUGGUACUGCUCAGCUCAAAGAUGGAACUCUCCUUCCCGAUGAACUUAUCAAGGCUGGUUGGCUAAAGGUCCGCGAGGAUGCAGGCCGUAAGGAGGAAUCGGAGGAGCUUCUCGAUAGACUCGAGACGCUUCGAUCCCUUGAAUCUGAGGCCAAGUCCAACUCCAAGGGUCUGUGGUCAGGAGUCAACGGCACCAUCGAAGUUCAGAACGACCUGGGCGGCCCUGAAUUCCUGACACAGUGGAAAGGCAAGACCGUAGACGGCAUUGUCGAGAGAGUGCUGAGUGGUGACCGAUUGCUGGUUCGCUUGUUGCUUUCUGAUAAGAAACACGUGCAGCCCCUGACUCUCCUUGCCGGUGUCCGAACUCCAUCCACCGAGCGUACGCUUCCUUCUACCGGCGCCACACAGCCUGCCGAGGAGUAUGGAAAUGAGGCCAAAGCAUUCGUCGAGACAAGGUUGCUCCAGCGCCAGGUCAAGGUUGAGAUUGUUGGUGCCAGCGCCCAGGGACAGCUUAUUGCCAAUGUCAUUCACCCCCGGGGCAACAUUGCCGAUUUUCUGCUCCAGGAGGGACUGGCCAGGUGCAAUGACUUCCAUUCUACCAUGCUAGGAGAGAAGAUGGCUCCUCUGAGAGCCGCCGAGAAGAAGGCUCAGUCUCAAAAGGUUCGCCUACACAAGCAUCACGUUGUCAAGGCAGAGACUGGAGACAAGGAGAUGACCGUCACCAAGAUCAUUGGUGCCGAUACCAUUCUGGUCAAGGCCAAGGGCGAUAGUGCAGAGAAGAGGAUCAGCUUCAGCAGCAUCCGUGGGCCUCGAACCAACGAGCCCUCCGAGGGCCCCUUCAGAGACGAGGCAAAGGAAUUCCUGAGAUCAAAAUUGAUUGGAAAGCACGUCAAGGUCAGCGUUGACGGAACCAAGCCUCCUUCUGAAGGCUUCGAGGCCAGAGACGUGGCCACAGUUACCGAAAAGGGCAAAAACAUUGGCCUUGCGCUGGUAGAAGCUGGCUGGGCUUCUGUCAUCAGACACAGGAAAGAUGAUACCGAUAGGGCUCCCAACUACGACGAGCUUCUUGCGGCUCAAGAGACGGCCAAGGAGGAGAAGAAGGGUAUGUGGUCUGGGAAGCCUCAAAAGGCUAAGCAGUACCUGGAUCUCUCAGACAACAUUCAGAAGGCCAAGAUUAUGCUUGCUACACUACAGCGUCAGAAGAGGGUGCCUGCUAUUGUUGACUUUUGCAAGGCCGGUUCUCGAUUUACCAUCUUGAUUCCCCGCGAGAACGUCAAGCUGACCUUGGUUUUGGGUGGUAUCCGCGCCCCAAGAGCCCCUCGCGCUGAUGGACAAGGUGGCGAGCCUUUUGGCAAGGAGGCUCUCGACCUGGCCAACCGACGAUGCAACCAGAGGGAUUGUGAGGUGAAUAUUCAUGAUAUGGACAAGGUCGGUGGAUUCAUCGGCGAACUGUACAUUGGCCGUGAAAACUUUGCCAAGGUCCUCAUUGAAGAGGGUUUGGCCUCAGUACACGCCUACUCUGCCGAGAAGUCAGGAAACUCUGUCGAGCUUUUCGCAGCCGAGAAGAAGGCAAAGGAGGCCAGAAAUGGUCUGUGGCAUGACUAUGACCCUUCACAAGAGGAGGAGAAUGCCGAUGAGGGUGCCGAGGAGAACGGCACUCCUGAGGCGGAAGUCACAUUCGACAAGAAGCCAGCUGAUUACCGAGACGUGAUCAUUACCAACAUUGAUGGAAACGGAAGACUCAAGAUUCAAGAGAUUGGAAAGGGCACAGCAGCUUUGGAAUCUCUGAUGAGCGAGUUCCGAAAGUUCCACAUCGAUUCCAAGAACAGCAAGCCCCUUGCGGACGCUCCCAAGACUGGAGAAUUCGUGUCUGCCAAGUUCUCAGCCGAUGGCCAGUGGUACCGUGCCCGAGUCCGAGCCAAUGACCGCACAGCCAAGCAGGCAGAGGUUGUAUAUGUAGACUACGGCAACAGCGAGAAGAUUGCGUGGUCCAGCCUGCGGUCCUUGGACCAGACCAAGUUUGGUGUCCAGAAGCUCAAGGCUCAAGCCAUCGAUGCAUCGCUGUCGUUUGUCCAGCUGCCAACCGCCGCGCACUACUUUGAGGAUGCUGUUGGCUUGAUCUAUGAGCUGACUGAGGGUAAGCGCCUGGUUGGCAACUUUGAUUUUGUCGACAGCAAGGAGAACAUUAGCUACAUCACGCUCUACGACACCAAGGGAGACGGCUCUCUGCCCGGACCCAAUGACUCCAUCAAUAAGGAGAUUGUAGCCAGCGGAUACGGCAUGGUGCCCAAGAAGCUCAAGGCUUGGGAGCGCAGCAAGGCUUUUGAGUCGUACCUGAAGCACCUGCGGGAAGUUGAGGGCCAGGCGAAGCAGGAUAGGCAGGGUAUGUGGGAGUAUGGUGAUAUCACUGAGGAUUAA